AUGGCCUCUCCAGACUCUGAGAUGGCCGCCUUUGGGGAGGCGGCUCCCUAUCUCCGCAAGUCAGAGAAGGAGAGAAUCGAGGCCCAGAACAAGCCUUUUGAUGCAAAGACAUCUGUCUUUGUGGUGCAUCCUAAGGAAUCCUUUGUGAAAGGGACAAUCCAGAGCAGGGAAUCUGGGAAGGUCACUGUCAAGUCUGAAGCAGGAGAAACCCUGACCGUGAAGGAAGAUCAAAUCUUCUCCAUGAACCCUCCCAAGUAUGAUAAAAUCGAGGACAUGGCCAUGAUGACCCACCUCCACGAACCCGCUGUGCUGUACAACCUCAAAGAGCGUUACGCAGCCUGGAUGAUCUAUACCUACUCGGGUCUCUUCUGCGUCACUGUCAACCCCUACAAGUGGCUGCCGGUGUACAACCCGGAGGUGGUGUUGGCCUACCGAGGCAAGAAGCGCCAGGAGGCCCCUCCACACAUCUUCUCCAUCUCUGACAAUGCCUAUCAGUUCAUGCUGACUGAUCGCGAGAACCAGUCAAUCCUGAUCACCGGAGAAUCCGGUGCAGGGAAGACUGUGAACACAAAGCGUGUCAUCCAGUACUUUGCAACAAUUGCAGCCAGCGGGGAGAAGAAGAAGGAAGAUCAGCCGUCUGGCAAAAUGCAGGGAACGCUUGAGGAUCAAAUCAUCAGCGCCAACCCACUGCUGGAGGCCUUUGGAAACGCCAAGACCGUGAGGAAUGACAACUCCUCACGCUUUGGCAAAUUCAUCAGAAUCCACUUUGGGGCCACAGGCAAACUGGCUUCUGCUGACAUUGAAACUUAUCUGCUGGAGAAGUCCAGGGUCACUUUCCAGCUCAAGGCAGAAAGAAGCUACCACAUAUUUUAUCAGAUCACCUCCAACAAGAAGCCAGAGCUAAUUGACAUGCUCCUCAUUACCACCAACCCUUUUGACUUCCACUAUGUGAGUCAAGGUGAGGUCACCGUUCCCAGCAUUGAUGAUCAGGAGGAGCUCAUGGCUACAGAUAGUGCCAUUGACAUCCUGGGCUUCACUGCCGAUGAAAAGACCUCCAUCUACAAGCUGACGGGGGCUGUCAUGCACUAUGGGAACUUGAAGUUCAAGCAGAAACAACGAGAAGAGCAGGCGGAGCCAGACGGCACAGAAGUGGCUGACAAGGCUGCCUACCUGAUGGGCCUGAACUCAGCUGAAUUGCUCAAAGCCCUAUGUUAUCCCCGAGUGAAAGUGGGGAAUGAAUUUGUGACCAAAGGUCAAAAUGUGUCACAGGUGAACAAUGCAGUUGGUGCCCUGGCAAAAGCUGUCUAUGAGAAGAUGUUCUUGUGGAUGGUUGUUCGCAUCAACCAACAGCUGGAUACCAAGCAGCCCAGACAGUACUUCAUUGGUGUCCUGGACAUUGCUGGCUUUGAGAUCUUUGAUUUCAACAGCUUUGAGCAGCUGUGCAUCAACUUCACCAAUGAGAAACUGCAACAGUUCUUCAACCACCACAUGUUUGUGCUGGAGCAAGAGGAGUACAAGAAGGAAGGAAUCGAAUGGGAGUUCAUUGACUUUGGGAUGGACCUGGCUGCCUGCAUUGAGCUCAUUGAGAAGCCCAUGGGCAUCUUCUCCAUCCUGGAAGAGGAGUGCAUGUUCCCCAAGGCAACUGACACCUCUUUCAAGAACAAGCUCUAUGACCAGCAUCUGGGCAAGUCCAACAACUUCCAGAAGCCCAAGCCUACCAAAGGGAAGGUUGAGGCCCACUUCUCCCUGAUACACUAUGCUGGAACAGUAGACUACAAUAUCACUGGCUGGCUUGAGAAGAACAAGGACCCCCUGAAUGAAACUGUCAUUGGGUUGUACCAGAAAUCAUCUGUGAAGACGUUGGCUUUACUCUUUGCAAACUACGGUGGGGAAGCAGAGGCUGGUGGUGGUGGCAAGAAGGGUGGAAAGAAGAAGGGUUCUUCUUUCCAGACUGUCUCAGCUCUUUUCCGGGAGAAUUUAAACAAGCUG